UUGUUUCUUAUCCCUGUUUUAUUUAUCUUAGACACCAUGCCUGCCCUCAGACCCCUUGUGAAACCUAAGAUCGUCAAGAAGAGAACCAAGAAGUUCAUCCGCCAUCAGUCAGAUCGCUAUGUCAAGAUCAAGCGCAACUGGCGUAAACCAAGAGGUAUUGAUAAUAGAGCUCGCCGGAGAUUCAAGGGGCAAAUCUUGAUGCCCAACAUUGGUUAUGGUAGCAAUAAGAAGACAAAACACAUGCUGCCCACCGGAUUCAAAAAGUUUCUGGUCCACAAUGUCAAGGAACUUGAGGUGCUGCUGAUGAGUAACAAGUCUUAUUGUGCAGAGAUUGCUCACAAUGUUUCCUCCAAGAACCGCAAAGUAAUUGUGGAGAGAGCAGCUCAGCUUGCUAUCAAGAUCACCAAUCCAAAUGCCAGACUGCGCAGUGAGGAAAACGAAUAAAUGUGCUCCUCUUUUGUGUAACUGUAUUUAAUAAAAUACAAAACCCCACAAUGUGGUGGUGUGUUGAAUGUUUGAA